CCACCGCGCUGGCCGACGCGGCGCACGCCUACGUCCGCGCCGUUCGAAUUUCAAAAUAAAAAAAUCAAAACGUCAAAGCAAUCGUUUAUUUUUAAUUUUAAGGAAUGUGAUUGGUGAACGUUGGAAAAAUAUUAUGUGCCAUAAAGUGUAGUGUUUAAAAAUGGGUUUCGGGAAAUUGUUUUUGGUGUUCGUUUUUGUGAAAUGUGUUUAUGGUCAAGAGCAGGGCUGCUACGGUGCUGGUAGCGUUGCUGGUGCGGCGAUAGGUGCCUUUAUAGGGGCACUUCUUUUGGUUGCUGCGGCAUAUUAUCUGAGAAAGUUGUAUUGGAAAUCGCGCAAAGGAAAGCACCUAGUCUUCUCCACCGACCCUGAAUCAGUAAAAGAUGAGUUCGCCUUCGACAACCCAGGGUUUCGCCAAGACGAGCGCGCGUGGCAACACGCCCCGACGCUACCCUUAAAGGGGUCGACAUUACACGCAGAAUUCACCAAGCCCGAACAGAGCAAGGACGAUGAACAUAUUCAGCGAGCCAGAGUUCGGCGGGUGAAACUAUGGGCCCGCGACUUCACGGGUCUCGGGUUCCGGUGCUCCGGCGGCGCCCGGGACGGUGUGCGAGUGCAUUCGGUGCUACGGAGCGGCCCGGCUGCUGCUGCGAAACUGGAGCCUGGGGACAAAAUCAAGAGCAUCAAGAUAGAGUUCUCCGGAACUCCACUAGAAGACGCUCUAGCGAUCCUGUCUCUCGCCUCCCCCUACCCUGUGGAGUUGGAGGUGGUUGAAGGGGGUAGGGUCAGCGGCGCGGGGCGGGGGGUGCGGCAUCCGUUGCUGAAGAGGGCUGGCUCUACUGGUGAUGUUAGCACGCUCGAGAAAGAAGGCAAGCUCCUCCACCCACCGCAGUCCCCCAACGCGUCUCACUCCAACAACUCCACGUUAGAGACCAAACACAAGGGCAUCAAAAAGAUAAUCACAGAAAAAAUUGUCCCCACGACCCUGGAACGAAAUAAGAAGGAGAAGAAAGAUCUCCCCACAACGCUAGAAAGAGAAAACGAGAAGAACAUUAAACUGAAUAAGAAUAGACAUUCAGAUGUAGCUCAUACUGCUAAAUCUGUCGAUUAUAAACCUGAAAGGAACAAGGUGAGGCAUUCAACUGGUGAUGUCAUUAUUCAAGCAGAAAAUGGGACGGCUAAUCUAGAACACGCUGAAGUGCAAAAGAGAGAGUAUGAUCCUAAAAGAGGUAUGAAGUUUGGAAUUAGAGUAUUGCCGCCUAAUGUGCCGGAUGAUGGAGUUUUAAAACAGAAGAAUGUCGAAAAUGGCGUUGUAGCGCAUAAAGUUGAGAAGAAAACAGUUGAUGAACCAGAUAAACCUGAACCGCAACGGCCAGCGCCUCCUUCACAUGUUAAACUAGAUAGUGAGACAGAAGUAAAGAAACCUGUCGUUGCUAAAAGGAGAGAAAAGAUGGCACCUCCAAUUCCCAAUGCUAGGGUAAAACCAGAAGAUUUAAAUACAAGUGCUGAUUCUAAGACUUCUGACAAUGCGCCAACAGCUUUUGUUAGAACUGAUCUUAACUCCAGUGGAAUUAAACGGGACGAAAAUGGUAUACCACAAGAAUUACCUCAGCACAUGUUCGAUGCUGCCAAAGCGGCAAGAAGCAACAGGAAGAGUUCAACAGAACUAAUUUACGAAAAGGAUAAUGACAGAAAUGAACACAAGAAAGAUGAAGCUCCAAAACCAAAUAAGAAAUCUAAAGGCAAAGCGCCUUCACCACCUGAAGUUGAGAAGAAUAAAACAGAUGACAGCAUGAUUGAACAACUAAAAAAUGUAAAUGACUUCCUGAAGAGUGAAAAGCAAUUUUCAAGUCUAUUGCAUGAUUCCAUGACUUCUCCUAACACUACUACAACAUCAUACAAUACCUCGACACCCAAAGCAAUUAAAACCAAACCAGCACCCCAGCCUAACGUUGAAGAAUCAAUUAACUUCAGCCAAGAUGACAUUGACGAUAUUGUUCACAGACCAUUCAAACGGGAGAGUGAUUCUCUCAACAAUUACUUCGAAGAUUCAAAAUCUAACCUUUCUUCUAACCAAGACGGCCAUUCGGUUGUUUCUUUAAAUCAUAGUGAAAAAAGCGACAAAGGAUCGACAACUAUUGAGUUAAACAACAGUGAUGUCACGAUCCACAGUUCGCCACUAGAUGACACUCUCAACUCUGCUUCAGACGAUACUUCGAUUCUAGACGAGAAUGAACGCAAAGCCGCCUCACUGGGCGACUUAUCGCGAUUCGAAUUGAGAGUCAAAACAAAUAUGCCAUCUACUGGUACUCUAGAGAGAGCGCAAAGCUUAGACAUAUCUGCUGAAGAUGGUGAAAUAAAUGAAGCGCUGUCCCCUAAAAAGAGGAAAGCUAUGUCCGUUGUAGAAACAACGUUCUUUGAUUCUGCAGAAGAUACACUACCUGAUAUGGACCCAGAGAAAGGAGUGACAAUCAAGCACAAGGAGCCUAGGCUUAGCUUAAAUAUUGCUAAGACUUCUGCUAUGGAAGGGCUUAAUACGUUCCAAAGAAAUCGCUUGAAGAAGGCUUCUGAAUUUGGCAAUUUGGAGGAUGCUAUUGUCAAAGGUUCUACUAGCUCAGUAGACUCUGAGAAGAUUGAACAAGAUGGUCAGAAGAAUAUUAAAGAACCCGAAUCACCUCCUCUAGUUGAAACCGAGCUUCAUGAAACAUCAGAUCAUUUAGCAAGGAGGAUUAUGGACGAAAACAUGAAAGUGCACUUAAAACUGGUAUCAGAAUUUGCGAAAUCUACUUCAGAUGGUAGCAACAUGAGCUCUUUAGAGAGCACUCAUGAUAUGAGUCCUAAAAAAGAAUCACCUAUCAAAUUUGAUGAAAAACACAUGACGUAUGAUACUAACAUUCCAGAUGACUUGAAAGUAAGUCGUAAUACUUACGUGAACAGUUUGGAACGACCUAAAUCUGACAUGAUGAAAAAGUUAUUAGCGAAAAAUCCAAUAUUGAAUGUACAUAUUGAUCAAAAGAACGAAGCUGCUGCAAGUAAAGAGACUCCCACACCAAUGACUGACGCAUCUAAAUCAGCCAUCAGUCAACAUCAACCAGACAUUGUCAAUUUUAAUUUGAAAACCGCUGACACGAAAUUAAAAGACUACGAUGAGUUCGUAAGUAACAUCAGAGUCGGAUCUAACAACAGUAUGAAAUUCGAUAAGAAACCUCAAAUGGAAACAUUCUCAAGCGAAUGGACAGAUCCAAGACAGAGCAAUAAUGUGGUUACAAUAACUACGGAAAAACCCCAACUAGUUGAAGAGCAAAGGAAAUCUUAUACAAAAAGCAUAGAAAUUGGCGAACCGAAUAUAAGAUUAAUACCAGAUAUUGUGGAAGGUAUAAAGAGGAAAACUGAAGACAAAGAUGGACGAACUUUGUACAUGGAACCAGCAAACAUGUCAAUAACAAUGACUCAGGAGCCUGUCCAGAAAACUGUAACGGUAAAUGUUGCAGAGGAUGAAUUUGGUAAUAAAGUCAUCAGACAAAACAUUGAGAAAAUAUCUACGCAAUACAUAACGGCUAAAGGAGAUGCUCCUUUGCAAGUGGAACAAGUCACUUUUGGUAUUUCUAAAAAGGGAGAGUUAAAUGAAUUGGACUUGGAAGAAGGCGAUGUUGCGGACAUUGACAAGAAGAUUUUAGACGAAAUAAAAAGGCAGAACCCUAACAUGCAUUUCACAAGUGAAGAACCCGCGUACACAAGGACAGAAACUAUUAUUUUAAAUACAGAACUAGACGAAGAACAAGCUAAAGCGUUGAUGGAGAAAAUAACUAACGACCCUAGUUUCAUGGCACAAAAGACACCAGAGGAACUAUCUAAAUUGGGAAUAAGAAUAAUCAGAGAGUUAGACGACGUGCAAGAUAAAAAAGACGAUACAGUUGAAGUGACCAAAACAAGGUACACUAUCAAUCCGGCAGCCAUGUCAGAUGCGCAGAAACAAAGAUUAGAAUGUCCUCAAGAAUCCGAACAAAAGAAAGAUCAUAUAACAGAAAUCCAAGUCGUCACACCAAGAACAGAAAAGCAACAACAGAAAGAGAAAGACAAAGUAUCAAGUAGGCAAAGAGUGCCUCCAUCCGAACCCCCGCUUUCGUAUGAACUUGACCCUGAAAUGCUAAACGACUUUAUCUCAAACGAACGACACCAUUCAGCCAGACAAGAGCAACGAACGAAAACGACACACGACGAGCCAAAGAAACGACAUUCCGACUUCGAUUUACCAAGAAAUACUACAAUCAAAUUCAGAACAGCGACGUACGAAUCUCCAAAAGGAACUAUUGUAACCAGCACCGAUCUGGAGAACAGGAGAUUGUCACAACUCGACCAAAUGCAAUUAAGAUCGGCUGAAGCUGCAAAACCGGUCAUAUCAGCUAAACCAAGCAGUAUACCGGUGAAAGCAGCUGAAAAAUCUAAACCUGUAACGGUGUCUUCCAAGAUUCCUGUCUUCAUGAGUCAGAAAUCGUUAAGUCAGGAGAAUUUGACCGAUAAAACUUUCUCGGUGCCCAGUUCGCCGCCGCCUAAACUGGUAAGUAGCGGUAGUUCUGGUAAUAUAUCUGUGACUUCUAUUAAGUCUAGCUCUAGAAGCCCUAGUGGUGGUAAAUAUUUGUAAAAACACAUAUAAAAUAUUUACAAAAGUGCUGAUACAGAUUCAUUUGAGAAAUUAUCUUUUAAUAGCCUUAUUAGCCUCUUUGAAUGCUACUUUUCAGUCUUAAAGCAUUAGAGGAAAUCUGAAUAGCUAUUUCAUGAGUUAUUUUCUUAUAUUAUUACUUCUUAUUACUCCACAAUGUCCACAUAGAACGUCAAACAAUAAAUUCUUAAUGUAUUUUGUUAUGUUUGUUAUACAAUACUUCUUUACUAUAUCACACAAUGUUAUUUAUAUUGUCGUAACAUUUUAAACUAAUAAAUACUGUUAUUUAAUUGCACUACAAACUUUCACAUGCAAUUUCAUUAACUUCGAAGUAAUCUGUAUCAGAACUUAUGUAAGUGCAAUUAGAUUUAAGUGAAAAGUGUAAAAAUCAUCGAAGGAAUACGUAAGUGCCUUAUUUUCGGAUAAAAUUAUGAAUCUUAAUAACCUUAACAAAAUUUUAAAACAUGUGCCUUUUUAAUCCUACAUUGGGGCUGUCCAUAAAUAACGUCAUCGAAAAUCAUCCAAAAAUCAUGCUUCAAAUGACCCCAUUUCCUCCUACGUCAUGCAACCAUCAUCCGAUGUCCAGAUGGGGCCCCCUAAUUAAAAAUGACGUAAUUUAUGAAUAUCCCCAUUUCUACUAAUGAUCUUAGAGUAUUUUCGAUAUUUCGUGAAUUAAAAAUGAUAAGAAUUAUUUUCGGUUGUGAGCGCAAUUUUAAUGUUCGUAAAAUUAGUGUUAAGGACUUGUCACAAUUAAAAAAACUGUUUAUUUCACACACAUUCCAAGUACCUAAUAUCAAAUUCAUUGAGAUUAUAAUUUAUUAGAUAUUCUAUUGUUUUGACAUUCCGUCCUCAGUUUUUACCACAAUAUUUUAAACUAGAUUUAUCAUUAUUUUGAAAUGUGCAAGCAUUUCAAGGCCAUUUUAUAGAAUAGUUAGCGUUAUUUAUUAUUAACAUUAUUUUUAAACAUGGCGGCGAAUCGCCAAGGUACCUUUUUAUCCAGAAAUCGGACAUUUAUUAUUAUAUGAAGUGACCCAAAGGAUAAAAUAUACAAAGAUUCCAUUUCUUACUGGCAAUAGUUUAUAUCCAUUAUAAAAUUUUGACAUUUCCAAUAGUUCAAAAUAAGUACUUAAAUGUGUAAGUUUUAAAUUAUUUGACAAGUCUGGUCAGAAGUAAUGUCUUCCACCGAUAGAUGUCGCUACGGCCUUGCAUUUUUUGAUUUUAACAUUCAAUAUGUCUUGAUGUCUUGAGAUGUUGGAAAAUAAAUUAUGAGAAUAAAAAAUAUUAUUAUUAUGAACCUUUCUAUAAAUAACCUAUAUAAAUGCACAAAUUAUUCCGUAAGCAACGAAACUAAAUUAAGAACUUAAACUAUAUGAAAUUGGUGUAACAACAAUAUCUAAAUUCGCUCCGACACGAUAUUAGUUCCAUAAUCCAUAAUUAUGACCACUAUUUUAUUAAUUUUAUAUAAAUUCUGACCAGACUGCGUUUAAAUAACGGUUACAAGAAAUGUAUUAUUUUGUUAUAAUAAAGGAAUAGUUUUUUUGUUGUUGGUUAAGUCUGUACGAGCUAUGUAUUUACCUACAAAUUAACAAGAUAUUAUACAGUUAUACAAUUAGUAUUUUAUUGAUGUAUUAUAAAUGAAAUAAAGACAAUUUUAAAAUGUU